AACUUGGUAUUUCUAUGGGAAACCUGUCAUGACGUCAUCAAAACUAUAAAUGUGACGUCAUAAGAUGAUGACGUAACCGCAACAAAUGGUAUUUUUAACAAUGGCCUUUGUUUGGAACAAACAAAAUUGUUUUAACAUUGUGUGACGUCAUAAUAUUUAAAAACGUAUGGUAUUAUGACGUUUCAAUGUUUAUUGUUGGCUUUAAAUUAUCGAGUGUUUACAGUGGUUGGUAUGGCUACGUAUAUGACGUCACAGUCAUCCCAUUGAAUAAUAAUCGCUCAUUCAUGAAUAUUUUAUAAUGACGUAACAAUGCAUUGUAUUCAUGGUGAAAGGCAAAUAAAGUUUACGCCCGAUAUAUAUCGUCUAUGACGUCACAAUGUAAUUAUUAACCGGUGAACGACCGUGUGUGUUGCGGAUGCAUAUUAUGAUGUCACAAUGCUGAGGGAGGUAAUGCAGUCUGUUACGUCACAAUCGGUAGAUAAUGAAUAGAAUCCGCCCAAAGUUAGUGAAGCAGAUAGUAGCGGAAGUGACGCAAUGGGCGGCCUUCGCGACCCCAUUGUUUGUCACAGGGGUCGAAUUCGGGAAGUUGGAACAAAUGAAGGCUUCUUAUUGGUUGGUUGUGUCGGUUACCAUUGGUUACGUAGCUGCGUCAACACUGUUGUUAUGGUUACCUGUCAAACUCGUGUUUGAUUGGAUGAAGUUACUCACGUGGUUUAAUGGACAAUGGUCGCCACCCAUCCUAUUAUAUUUCAUACUGACGUCACUUCCGUGUUGCGUCAUAAUCAUGGUAGGGACAAAGUUCGCCAAUAAUUUCAAUGAAAAUAAAGAUUUCCAAAACUCGUGCGUUGAGCUGUUGGUCAUAAUGCUGCUUGUUACAGAUUGGAGCGAGAAAUUGAAGAAUUACAAACUACGUAUGUCACAUCCGGUGCCAAGCGUCAACUCGAUAACAGAUUAUCCGCCGAGCAGCAGAGGGUCUGUGACGUCGCUUAUCCCGCGUCCAAAAUAUUCAUCCGCGUGGACGGACGAAAGACCACCAGAGUUAAUCGCGAAUCUUCUUAACAUCUAUGACGUGAGACUGAUGUUUGCCACGUCAUCAGGGGAAGUGACGUCAACAAACUGGAUAUACGCAAUAUACGUCAUAUCUUUCAUAUCAAUAUCGACGUUCAUUCUUAAACACGACUCGUCGUACAGACCCAUUAUGACGUUGAUAUUGUUGGAUUGUCCAUUCUUCGUUCUUCGAUUAUCGAUGUUAGCGCGGUUUGGGCAGGUGACGAGUAUAUUGUUUCUAUUAAAGAACUUCUUCGUUAUAACAGCAUUGCUGUAUUUCAAUUUAAUCGUGCCCAAACUAUCUACUGUGUACGUCACACCGCGAAUCAACACUGUCGAUUAUGACGUCACCAAUCAAAGGGUUGAUUAUGACGUCAACAAUCAGAGGCAAAAGGUCGAUUCAUUCGACUCUCUGGAAGACAAUCGUUACCAUGACUACGAUUUGAACGACACACCGGAACUGCCACGCCCAUCGACACACCCACAAUAUUAUGACCAUCACAAUAAUCAAUAUGACGUCACUGAUGAGGGAGAUGUGACGAAACCACGACGUCACAGAGGAACACUGUCGGAAGAUUUGUUCGAAGGGAAUUCCCCCGAACAGGAACCACAGGACGUGACGUCACCUGAGGAAGUGACGUAUGCUAUAGUUAAGAAGAAAAAGGCGCCAAUGCCGAAUCCCUCAAGCGUUAAAAAAUCUUUAUCGGAAUGGGUGGAUGGGGAAAGUUACGCCGUUGGCCCGCAUAAAGUGAGGGGGGGUCAAAGUUAACACCGGAAAUCGCGUCACAAAUAGCAAAGGAAGCUUUCGAGGCGAACGCGAUGAACGCGAUUGAAAGAAUUGAACACGCCGUUGAGUUGUCGGACCUGGAAUCGAACCCGGAAUCGUCUUGCACCUCACUCGAUGUUCGACUGUAAGACCUCAUGCUCGCUGUCGACACAACCGUGAUGUUUAAUUAUAAUUGCUCUGUUAUGACGUCAUACUACGAAAACAAUGCCAAAUAUGAUUGUUUAUGGCGUAACAAUAGACAUUAGUAACCUUUGAUCACGUGGUUAAUAAUCAACCAAUCACAUGGCGGUAUAAAUAUAUCACAUAAUAAG